AUGAGCUGUGAAUUAGAACCCAAUGUCACAAUCGGAGCUCCGAAAUAUAAUGCCCAGUACUGGCAGUUUUCUGAGGCGCUAGCCAAGAAUACGAAUUGCAGCGAAAGCACGUAUUUGCGCCCUGAUGCGGCAGGAUCAAUCGUGCCAUGGCCAUAUGCCCUCGCGUGGCUGCUGAUACAUGCACCAUUGGUGUUGAUUCGCGUCACCCGCUGGCAGAAGGUGCAGGUCCUCUCGCUCGUCUUGGCUGCCAUAAGUAUGGGCUGGUCUGUCGAAGCGUAUUUGAGUACUCAAAGAAGACCGGAAGAGGUCCUCGUAUGGACGCCGCUGACGAUUAUACUCGAUGUUGGGGCAGUGAUACAGCUUGCCUACCUCAUAGUGGAGAAUGUCAAGGAGAGAAUGACGCAAGGGGAGAAGGCCAGACGAUUCGUGACCAUAUGGCAAGCUUUUGAAGCACUCAUGGUCGGAAUGUUUAGGCCUCAGGAAUUCCAAUUGCAGAGCUCGGCAAGUAUCAUCGGGCCAAAACGGACCGAUGACAGCAAGUCAUCUGCCGACCACGUGGAGACGAUUAUUGAAGGCGACGUGGAGGACCAGUCGAAGGGAAAAGUGACCAGUUCUGACCCGGUAUCAAGAGGCAAAGCCUUCAUCGUCAUACUUUCCCUCCUCUUCUUUGUGGGCUUGGUGGCUCUCCAAAUCAUCGGUCUCGUAUUCGCCAUUUCCGGGCUUUCCUCCAGAAACGAGUUGAAAUCUGUCUGGUGCUCACCUAUGUUUGAAAGCUUCGCCAUUGACAUUGUCGAUGGCAACUGCCGCACGCAGCCAGUCACAUCGAGCGCAAGCAAAGGCAUUGGCUGCAUUGAGCUUUCUGGGGACAAGCAGGCUGGCUGGAUCGUCGGCACAGUUGCUGUACUGACUUUCUCGCUUAUGCUGGAAUUUACGGACUUACUCAUACUCACAUUUGUGGAGAGUCAUACUAAGUGGCGAGGCGUCAAGAUGAAGCGGCCGUGGUGCACAAUGUUCUGUGGCAUCGCCAUCUUGAUAUUCUACGUAAUCUACGGGCUCUUGGAAUCUAGCAGGUUGCCGAGUGGUAUGACGGAAGUGGUCUGGGUGUUUCGCAAAGAUCCAAGUCUCACCUUUGAGACAGCUUGCCGGGGUACGAUAACCCCGGCAGGAGUCAGAGGUUCUAUGAUGGGAUGGACAGAUGGUUUCCUAGCAAACUGGGGAAGGGUUUAUUUUGGCUAG